AGCCACAACCUAGACCCCUCAAACUCGGCUAGCGCGCACACCUCCGGGCCACAAAGUAGGCGGUUUCCCAAAAAAAUACCUUCGUGAUCCAGUCAAGAGAUUGUCGAACUUCACACCAACUCUACGAGACCCACGACCACCUUUCGAGCCGGCAUCCAGAGAACGCUGUCAAAAUGGUCAACAUUCCCAAGACUCGCAAGACCUACUGCAAGGGCAAGGACUGCCGCAAGCAUACGCAGCACAAGGUCACCCAAUACAAGGCAGGCAAGGCUUCGCUCUUCGCACAGGGAAAACGUCGUUACGACCGCAAGCAAGCCGGUUACGGUGGUCAGACCAAGCCUGUCUUCCACAAGAAGGCGAAGACAACGAAGAAGGUCGUGUUAAGAUUGGAAUGUGUCGCAUGCAAGACUAAGAUGCAACUGGCGCUGAAGCGUUGCAAGCACUUCGAGCUUGGUGGUGACAAGAAGACGAAGGGUGCGGCUCUGGUGUUCUAAACGCAUUUUCAUAUUCGGACACCUUCAUCAUUCAUGGCAAUUGGCACUAGGGGUGGUUCAUCAUGCCGGAUACAAUGGCGAUAGGAGUAUUGAUCUCAGUUUGAUGAGCAUGAUGUGGCAGGGACAUAGGUCGGAUAGAGAACCGAGUCUUUUGCUGCGAAGGCAUCGAGGGAAGCUUGAUCUUUAGUGCACUGCAAGGAUUUAAAAAACUCACU